UUCUGCCUUCCCCAGCUUCAUCUACUGCCAGAGAUCCCCUCUCAUCCUCUCUUUACCUGAAACAACUUGAAUCAUAGCCCACUGGGUCUGGGCUGAUCUUCGCUUGCGGUAUACACCUCUUUGGUGUCUUUUCUUUUUCACCCAGCCCUGUACCAACUCCUAUGAUGAUCUGACCUCCGACCGUUCGCUAUGGCCCUACACCUUCUCGGACUCACGCGAGUCCUCCUACUUCUCCUCCCCCUCCUUGCGGUCCUGAGCUCCGCGGAACACACAUCGAACUGGGCGGUCCUGGUCUCAACAUCACGAUUUUGGUUCAACUACCGCCACCUCGCCAAUGUACUCUCCUUGUACCGCACCGUCAAGCGGUUGGGGAUCCCCGACUCGCAGAUCAUCCUGAUGCUCCCCGACGACAUGGCCUGCAACCCGCGCAACGCCUUCCCGGGGACCGUCUACAGUAACGCCGACCGCGCCGUCGACCUGUACGGAGACAACAUCGAGGUGGACUACCGCGGGUACGAAGUGACGGUGGAGAACUUUAUCCGUCUCCUGACCGACCGACUAGACGAGGACGUGCCGCGCAGCAAACGGCUGGGGUCUGACGCCGGGAGUAACGUUCUUGUAUACAUGACGGGCCACGGUGGAGACCAGUUCUUGAAGUUUCAGGAUGCGGAGGAAAUCGGUGCCUGGGAUCUGGCGGAUGCGUUCGGUCAGAUGUGGGAGAAGAAGCGGUAUCAUGAGCUGCUUUUCAUGAUCGAUACGUGCCAGGCGAACACCAUGUACACCAAUUUCUACUCGCCCAACAUUGUCGCGACAGGUUCCAGUGCGCUCGAUCAGUCGUCCUACUCUCACCAUGCGGAUAGUGACGUGGGUGUUGCGGUCAUUGACAGGUGGACGUACUACGUGCUCGACUUCCUCGAAACCCAAGUGACGAGUGCGAAUUCGAAGUUGACGCUGGGCGACCUCUUCGACUCAUACGACGAGAGCAAGAUCCACUCUCAACCCGGCGUGCGAUGGGACCUUUUCCCCGGUGGUGAAGAGGAAGGGCGAUUGCGGACGUUGGUGGAUUUCUUUGGCAACGUCCAGAAUGUCGAGGUCGAGAACGCGAAUGCCACGGAGCCGGGUUCUUUGCAGGAGGAUCUGAUCGAAAUCGCUCGAUUGGUGGAGAAAUGGCGCUCACACGACCGGGAGUAUCUUGCUGCGCAUGCCGACGUGUCCCAGAACCGCACCGACGUGCCGUUGUCCGAUGCCGAGUCGCAGACGCAGAAGCCGCACUCUUACGACACGACGACCAAAGUUGGACCUGCUAAGAUGACCGAUGUUGCUAUCUGGGAGAAACGGUUGAUCGGGACAUCUGUUUUAGGCGCUUGUGCUGCGAUUUGGUUUGCCGGUUCGAAGUUGGGUCGCUCAUCCGCAUAGAUGGGAAUGGUCGCAUUACUUGCGCGUUAGGGUACAGCCGUGAUCUACGAUUUCCUUCAUUGGUGUAUAUACUACUUGUCAUUGGUGUUUUGCUAUGUAUCUAAUCAAUAUCCUAUGAUAUCCUUUCAC